UUAUCUAGAUUUCUGUUGUUUUUUAAUAUGAUUUAAUGCAAGUUAUUCAGGAAGAGCAUCCGUUGACUCCACCUAUUAAUGAUCAUUUGGAUUCAUUGAAAACUUUAAAAAAAAUCAAUAAUUUUGAAAUAAGUCUUAAAAAUACAUUUCAAGACGAUAAAAUAUCGUCAAAUAGCCAAUUAGAGGAUAAAAGGGUUAAAUCUAUGAAUAAUGUAUGUUCUGGACUUAGUUCUAAUGAUACAUUUGAUAUUUCAUCAUUUAAUAAAGAAUUUGAUAUGAUUCCUGAAAAUAUAUAUCUAGAAGAUGAUGAAUUUCUUCAAAAAUUGAUUGAUAGAUAUGGGACGAUUAAUUUUGUGCGUUUACUUUUGAGGGAUCUUGCAUCAAAAGAUCUUCAAAUGGCAGAAAAUCAAAAACAAUCGAAAAAUUGUGAAAUUGUCUUAAAAAAGAUGCUUUUAAAUGCGGGAGUAAGUUAUUUAGAUAUAGAAAAGAGUUUACAUGAGUCAUUUGAGAAGACAAGAGAAUCUUUAUUUAUAAAUAAUGGGGAACAUAUGAUUUCUGAUAUGAAUUAUACUAAAUCAUAUAAUGGAAAACUAGAUGAUCUUAUUUUAGAUGAUGAUGCAUCUAAACGUAAGAAGAUGCGUCUUGCUGUGCAUAAUAAAGUUUCUAAUUAUCUAUUUAAAACAAUGGGAAUAGGAAAAAUACGAAAAAAUAUAGAUAUGAAUGAUCAAAGGAAAUCAGAACAUAUUCAUGAGGAUGAACAUGAUAAAAGUUCACAUGAAAUUAUGAAAGGUGGAAAUAAUUAUCCUUUGUCAUUAAUUGAUAAAUUUUAUUUUAAGGGUCUUUCAAAUUCUAAAGAAGUGCGUAUUAAUUCUAAGUCUCAAUCUUAUUCUUCAUCAUUUAACAAAAUAAUUCAUGGAAUGACAUUAUUUGAUUCACUUGGUUCUUUUGAAUCUUUUUUGAAAAUGCCAGGAUUUGGUUCAUAUUUUAAAGAAAAGACUCAUUUUCCGAAAUAUCAUCAUGCGACUCAUUACAAGUCUAUAAGCAUGGCUGCUUGCUACGUAUUGCUCUAUCGGAAUUCUGGUACAAGUUUUCUUUAUAAAAAAAAGAUAUCUUCAAUGAUUGUUGAAUUUGCAUGGCGUCUUAUUUUUCCUUUGGUUUUGGAUUAUCAUCAACAUUUAAUACAGGAUUAUAUAUCUAAAUCGAAAUUAAAAAUAACUAAUUUGAAUUUGGAUACAAUAUUAUCUAAAUGUUUUAAAGAAUUAAACAUUGAUCAUGUAAAUUCUAAAACAUUUAGUAUUGAUCGUCUAUAUGAGAAAGUAAUUAAAUUGAAAUCAAAAACGGGAUACUAUUCUAAAACUUCGUUAAAUAAAUUAACAUCUGAUAUAUAUUCACAAGAUCAAAAUAUAUCACAAUCUGAUCAGUCUGAUACCCAUUCUUCACCGAUAAUCAGGGAAACAGCUACACCUACAUUUACUACUGCAUCUAAAUCUCGUCUAUCUUCUAAUUCUGUCUCUAGACCUCUUGAAAUGGAUACUAUUGUGCCUCCAGAACGUCAACCUCCUACAUUAUUACCAUCAUGGAAUGAAUAUUAUAGAGUUGAUGAAAAACCAUUGGCUGAUAGAUUUGGCUUUAUAUAUAAUUUUUCAUCAAAAGUAAAGAAUUUAAAUUCUAAAAUAGCUCAACCUAUAGAAGCAAAUAACAAAAAUAUCUCUAAUCAACCUGAAAACUUGGAUUAUUUAGAAAAUAUGGGCUUUUCUAAAAAUAAAAGAAAUGACAAAUUUAAAUCAUCAGAUAUUUCUUUAAAAAAUAAUUCUCUUACAACACCAACUAGCAGUUUACAUAAAAUAAUGAAUAUGGAAAAUAUACAAUUGAAUCAUAAUGCAAUAUCAUCACCAACAUUGACUGCUUUAAAUAAUGAUAAUUCUAUUGCACGGGGAUUUAUAACAUUAGAUUUGGAUAAGUCUAAGAAUUUUCCAGCAAGAUUUUUGCUACGUUCACAGUUGGAUAUAUAUGGAGAUAAUAAAACAAAGCAAGAAUUAUGGGACUCUUUUCUGCGUAAAGUUCAAAAUGAAAAAAAGCGUAAUAUAAAUCCUAAUUUUUAUGGUUAUGAAGAUUCUGAAUUAAUUGGAAUCUCUGAAUUAGGAAUAUCAGGAAAGGUUGGAAAGCAACGUUGGAAAGAAUUCAAAAAUUUGGUAAUUGGUGGUAUACCAAUAAUGUAUCGUCCUAAGAUAUGGGGAGAAUGUAGUGGAGCAUAUCAACUUCAUCAACCUGGAUAUUAUAAUGAUUUACUUACAUUGGGAAAGGAUAUAGAUCCUAUAGUUGUAGUACAAAUUGAUAUGGAUGUUUAUAGGACUAUGCCAAAUAAUGUUUUUUUCGGAGGAAAAGGUCCUGGUGUACCUAAACUUAGAAAUGUUUUACUUGCAUUUAGCAGACAUAAUACUCAGAUAGGUUAUUGUCAAGGAAUGAAUGUCAUAGCAGCUAUGUUACUUUUAACACAUGCAACUGAAGAAGAUGCCUUUUAUGUCCUAGUUAGUAUUGUCGAAAAUAUUCUACCUCCAUAUUAUUUUACACCUGAUUUGCUUGCAUCUCGUGCUGAUCAAAGAGUUUUAACACGAUAUGUCUCCGAAUUAUGUCCACGAAUACAUAAUCAUUUUAAGAAAUUAUCUGUAGAUCUGGAAGCUGUCACAUUCAAUUGGUUUUUAACUGUAUUUACUGACUGUCUUUCUCCAGAGAUUCUUUUUCGUGUUUUUGAUCUUCUAUUUAUUGAGGGAAAUGUAUAUUUAUUCCGGGUUUCAAUUGCAAUCAUUAAAUGUAAAGAAAAACAAAUACUGGCUUGCACAUCUCCUGCUUCUGUUUAUUCUUUUCUUAAAAAUUUAUCUUCAGAACCUUUCAACAUUGAUUCUUUCAUUCGUACAACUUAUGAAAACAAGAAACAUAUUCGAAUUAAAGAUGUUAUGCGUCUCAGAGACAUUGAAAUCAGAAAAUUAAAAUUAGAAAUAGAAAAUGCUAAAUUACAAGAUGCUGUUAAUCAAUCUUGA